AUGUCUACGGUGGCCAAAUCCGGUCUUGCUGCAUCCAUGCAUGCGCCACAAGGAGCAUCUGGCUCCGGUGGGAAGCGUCCCAGGAAGGGAAAUGGAGGUCGCCGUCCCCCAAGGGACAAGCCGGUCGUGGAGAAGAGGAAUAAGACGGAGAAGCGGUGCCGGGCUUGUGGCAAAAAGGGACACACCAUGGAGAACUGCCGUCUUUAUGGUGUUGUCUUCACCAAUCUUUCCAUGGCAAUGACAAGGGAAAUUGCUACUCAAAGUGGCCGCAGACGUCGCCAUCCCCUGGGCCCUUCGCAGCAGCACCCUCGUAUAAACUCGAGGCAACGUCGCACGGCCCGUCGGCUCGCAGAGCGGGAGCGGCAGCAGCAGCAGCAGCAGGUGCAGGCGCUGCAGGUGCAGGAGCAGCUGGGACACCAGCAGCAGUCUCCCCAAGAGCAGCACCCCCAGCACUUACGGCCGGCUCCUCAGGAACCUCCCGAGGGAGCGUCAUGGGCGGAGCAAAUGGACUUCGAGGCUGAAAAGAAUGCUCAGUGA